UAUUUAUUUACAACGACGCCGGAAACUAGAGACAGACAUCAAAACACCGAACCGAACACAAACAUAGUGAUGAGAACGAGAUCACAAUAGAAACAAGCGAAAAUAAAACAAAAAGCAUCACCAAAAAAUGCAAAACCCAACACAAUGGCUUUCAUCUUCACUUUCAUUCCUCUCAUCAACACCAUCCUUAUUCAAAGACCCAAAACCAAAACCCAUCAUCUACACUCUCUUAAUCCUCUCUCUCUUCUCAAUCCUCUUAAUCCUUUCUCUAACCUCUUCUACCCCUUCCCCAACUCACACUCGACCCGACCCGUUUCUCUACCCGACCCACCAAACCCACCGCAUCAUCUACGACCAAGACAAAACAACCCCGCCGCCGCCCUCCAUAGCGUACCUCAUUUCCGGGUCAAAGGGUGAUUCGGGUCGGAUCCUUAGGUUACUCUCUGCGACUUAUCACCCACUUAAUCACUACCUUCUUCACCUUGACCCUUCUGCGUCGCAUUCAGAUCGUGAGAAUUUGGCUCUUGUUGUUCAGAAAAAUCGCGUUUUUAAAGCUGCUCAGAAUGUUCAUGUUAUGGGGAAACCUGAUUUUGUUUACACGAAAGGGUCUUCUCCUGUUUCGUUUACCCUUCAUGCUGCUUCUAUUUUUCUUCGUUUGUCUGUGAAAUGGGAUUGGUUUGUUAGCCUUAGUGCUGAUUCUUACCCUCUCGUUACUCAAGAUGAUCUUCUCCAUAUCAUGUCGUUUUUGCCUAAAGAUAUGAACUUUGUUAACCAUUCAAGCUAUAUUGGGUGGAAAGAGUUGAGGAAGUUGAAACCAAUUAUUGUUGAUCCCGGUUUGUAUCUUUCUGAAGGGACUGAUAUGUUUUAUGCUACUCAAAAAAGGGAUCUCCCUAGUGCUUACCGCUUGUUUACAGGUUCAUCGUUUUCUAUUUUAAGUCGUAAUUUUAUGGAGUUUUGCAUUUUGGGAGUAGACAACCUCCCAAGGAUUCUACUGAUGUAUUUCUCAAACACACCUUCAUCCCUGUCCAGUUAUUUCCCUACAGUUCUCUGCAAUUCUCGCCAAUUUAACCGGACAGUCAUAAAUCAGGACUUGUUAUACUCUAUUUAUGACAGCCAUAGAAACGAUCUUCGAUCACUCAAUUCAACGGAUUUUGACAACAUGCUUCAUAGUGGAGCUGCCUUCGCUCGAAAAUUUGAGCCAGAUGAUCCCGUACUUGAUCUCAUCGACCAAAAAAUUUUGGAUCGAAGUCCUGGAUCAGUUGUUCCUGGUGGAUGGUGCUUAGGCGAGCCUGGGAACAACACAUGUUUAACUUGGGGCGAUGCAAGUAUCUUGAGACCUGGUACAGGCUCUCAACGGCUCGAGAAAGCAAUCGUUGAAUUGCUGUUGAAUGGCACUUUUCGGUCUCAUCAGUGUAUAUAAGAAUGAUCUUUCUCUAGCUUGAUGUCACACAAUGUAAUAGAAUAGAAAUCCCACUUUAAGAACUAUAAGAAUCAACUGAUUGGAGUUUAUAGUUUAUUUAGUUGAAAUCUUUUAGCUAAGUCGGGGUAUGGACUCCAAGUUAGGUAUGAGUAUUAAUUAUGUUAGGACAAGCUAAAUUUUGCUAAUUCUGAUGGGUGUUUUUGUAAUUUAAUGUGGAAUUGUGGAUGUCCAUUUGUUCAGAUUUGGUUGCUGUCUGUUGUGUUAGAGCUAUGUUUGCUUUUAAAAAGUUGUAGAACACACUCUGUGUGGGAAUUCUUUUAAGGUAUACCACCAAUUAAGAUUAUUGAUACUAGCA